GUUUGAUUGAUGAAUCGCCAGCUCCAGCUAGGGCCGCCAAGGCAAGACGCUUUUCCUGGCAGUUCCAGCGCCCCAGAAGUCCAAAGACAUAGGGGAAGAAGAUGCAGCCAACAGGUCGAAAAUGGCAGUCCCCAGAGCGUUAAAGGGGCCCCUUUCCGGCUUUCCCAUCCCUGGCCCACAUUUGUCUCCAUGAUGGCCGUUAACAGCACGUCCACGGAGACAUACGCGGACUUCCAGUUGAACGUGAGCAACCGAUGGGACUCGCCGCCGGCCACGCUGUCAGCCCCGCUCAGGGUCUCGUUGGCGAUCAUGAUGCUGCUGAUGAUUGUGGUGGGCUUCCUCGGCAACACGGUGGUCUGCAUCAUCGUGUACCAGAGGCCCGCCAUGCGCUCGGCCAUCAACCUGCUGCUGGCCACCCUGGCCUUCUCUGACAUCAUGCUGUCCUUAUGCUGCAUGCCCUUCGCGGCCAUCACCCUGAUCACCGUCAACUGGCACUUCGGGGACUACUUCUGCCGGCUGUCCGCCACGCUCUACUGGUUUUUUGUCCUGGAGGGCGUGUCCAUCCUGCUCAUCAUCAGCGUGGACCGCUUUCUCAUCAUCGUCCAGCGCCAGGACAAGCUGAAUCCGCGCAGGGCCAAGGCGAUCAUUGCCAUCUCGUGGGCACUGUCCUUCUGCAUCUCCGCCCCGUCGCUCACGGGUUGGACGCUGGUGGAGGUGCCCACGCGGGCCCCGCAGUGCGUCCUGGGCUACACGGAGUUCCCGGCCGCCCGCGCCUACGUGGUGACACUGGUGGUGGCCGUGUUCUUCGUGCCCUUCGGGGUCAUGCUCUGCUCCUACCUGUGCAUCCUCAACACGGUCCGCAAGAACGCCGUCCGCGUGCACAACCAGUCCGACAGCCUGGACCUGCGCCGGCUGCCCCGGGCCAGCCGGCUCCAGCUGCAGCGGCAGCACCAGGUCAGCGUGGACUGGAGCUUCAAGACCAAAGCCUUCACCACCAUCCUCAUCCUCUUCGUCGGCUUCUCGCUCUGCUGGCUGCCGCACUCGGUCUACAGCCUCCUGUCGGUGUUCAGCCGGCGCUUCUACUACGGCUCCUCCUUCUACGCCACCAGCACGUGCGUCCUGUGGCUCAGUUACCUCAAGUCCGUCUUCAACCCCAUCGUCUACUGCUGGAGAAUCAAAAAAUUCCGCGAGGCCUGCGUCGAGCUGCUCCCGCACACCUUCCAGAUCCUCCCCAGAGUGCCUGAGCGCAUCCGCCGCAGAAUCCAGCCCAGCACCGUCUACGUGUGCAGCGAGAACCAGUCGGCCGUGUAA